AUGGCGGAGCAGAACGCCUUGCCGGCGGCCAAUGGCAACGAGAUGGAGAUGGAAGAAGAAAUCGAGGACGAUCGAGAACAGGCGGUUUCGAGCGUCACCCUCGAGCGCGUUGCCGCCGCCAAGAAAUUCAUCGAGAGCCAUUACAGAAGCCAUAUGAAGGACAUGCAAGAGCGCUUAGAGAGGCGUCGAGUGCUUGAAAAGGCGUUAGCUAAUUCGGGUGUGUCUGAGGUGGAGCAGUCGAACCUUAUCAAGGAAUUGGAGCGUAGAGAGACAGAGUACAUGCGUCUCAAGAGGCACAAGAUUACGGUUGAUGAUUUCGAGCUUUUGACCAUUAUAGGAAGAGGAGCCUUCGGCGAGGUCAGACUAUGCCGCGAGAAGAAAACCGGCGACAUUUACGCAAUGAAGAAGUUGAAGAAAGCUGAAAUGCUUAGUCGUGGACAGGUCGAGCACGUAAAAGCCGAAAGGAACUUGCUAGCCGAGGUUGCUAGCAACUAUAUUGUCAAACUCUACUGCUCUUUUCAGGACACAGAGUACUUAUACUUAGUCAUGGAAUACCUGCCCGGUGGUGACAUGAUGACUCUUCUCAUGCGAGAAGACACACUAACCGAGACAGUCGCUCGAUUUUACAUUGCCCAAAGUGUCCUAGCCAUCGAGUCACUCCACAAACACAAUUACAUUCACAGGGAUAUUAAGCCGGACAAUCUUUUGCUGGAUAGAGAUGGUCAUAUGAAGUUGUCUGAUUUCGGACUAUGCAAGCCGCUCGACUUGACUCCUCUGAAAGGGAGGGGAAGAAUAACGGAGGAUAGUUUAACGAGUCCGGUGGAUUCAGGUGGGUGUGUACCAGAUAAGGUGGAUGGGACCCAGUGGACGAGCCCACUCGAGCAGCUCCAGCACUGGAAGUUCAACAGGAGGACACAGGCAUUUUCGACUGUGGGGACACCGGAUUACAUUGCUCCGGAGGUUUUGCUGAAGAAAGGCUACGGGGUCGAAUGUGACUGGUCAGUUUCGUGGCAAAAAGUUACAUUAGGAUUUGGAAAAAGCUCAGUUUUUAUGAAAUGCUCUGCCUGCAGGUGGUCACUGGGUGCUAUUAUGUUCGAGAUGCUCGUUGGUUAUCCUCCAUUCUACUCGGACGAUCCUAUAACAACGUGCAAAAAGAUUGUGCACUGGAAAAACCACUUAAAGUUUCCAGCUGAAGCGAGGUUAACCCCUGAAGCUAGGGACCUGAUAUGCAGGUUGCUUUGUGAUGCUGAAACGAGGCUCGGUUCUCACGGGCCACACGAAAUAAAGGCUCAUCCGUGGUUCAAAGAUAUUGAUUGGGGCAUGCUUUACGAGAUGGAAGCAGCUUAUAAGCCGGAGGUCAAAGGGGAACUCGAUACUCAGAAUUUUAUGAAGUACGAUGAGGUGGAUCCACCUCCUCCGAAAUCGAGUUCUGGAAUCUGGAAAAAGCUGCGCAACCCGAACGACUUGAGCUUUUUUGGCUACACAUACAGAAACUUCGGUGGAGUGAAAAAAAUGAAUAAUAAAACGGGCAUGUCACCCGACCGAUUGUCGACUGAUUCUAUCCGAAGUGAUUCGGGAGUCGAUUAUUCCGUAAUGCAAACUGCCGAAGAGAAUGAAAUCCUUAUUCGUACGUCAUCGGCAGACACUAUAACUAUGUGA